CUUACCAAUGCUUUAUAAGUCAAGUUCGACUGAAUUCAAAUUUGUCUAAUAGGCUUUCUAUAAUUUUUUUCGGAAAGAAUGAAAUCUAGUUAAGGAAAAUUUAAAAUUAAAAUACAAACUCUUUUCGAUCCCAAAAUUUGUUGUUGCCAUGGCAAACAAAAGCGAGCCACCGCAGGAUGCACUCACACCUCCGCCAUCUCAAAUUCCUGCUCCUCCGUCUGCUCCUGUGGCUCCGGUAAGGGUCAUCAACCUGGAGACGCAGAUCAGUGAGGACGAGAGUCGACAGCAAACAGUCUAUAGCAGAGUAUGGUUUCAUCUGGGAUUUGUCCUGAUGCUGUGCAUUAUCUUCGUGCUGCUCUUCUGCUCGGCCACACUCCUCGUCAGGGAAAUGGGGGCCUCAGAGUCCUCGGAGAAUAUCACCAAACUUAGGGAAAUAUACCUACAAAGAGAGCGUCAGCGGCGUUUGGGCAACCGAAUCCAGCUGAGUCCCCUGGAGGAGGUGGCAAAUGCACGCCUGAUGGCCAUCAAACAGGUGGACGAAGAGGAGCACCGACUAUGGGAGAGCUACCACAACGGACCGCCACCGUUCCUAAACCAUCGUAACAUCAGCGACACGGAUCUCUAUGCGCUGCUCAGGACCAUGCCCAAGGGUGGACUCCUCCAUGUCCAUGACUCGGGAAUGCUGCGAACGGAUAUUCUCAUAGAAUUGACCAAGAGCGAUUACCUGUGGGUGUGCGUGAAUUUGGAUCAGGAGUUCGAGGACUUUCGCUUCUCCCAAUUAUUUCCGAAGAUUAUGCCGUCGGACGAUUACCAGUGCUCGUGGAUGCUGAUGAAGAACUUCUACGAGUACGAGCAUCCCAACAAAUAUGUGACCAAGCUGCGGGAGUCUCUUAGUGUCCCUCAGAAGGGUUUUGCGUCAUCCGGAGAGCUGGCGAGGCAUUUGAAGCGUUCUCAGCGGCUCAUCCAUGGCCUGAUCACAUAUAAGCCGCUUUGGAACAACUUCCUCUACUCCAUGCUGCAGGAUCUCUAUGCCGAUGGGGUGCAAUAUGUAGAGAUGCGAUCCUCGUUGCCAAUACUGUACGAUAUGGAGGGCAAUGAUUAUACCAUUUUGGACUCGGCUCAGGCCAUGGUGACCGUGUCUAACAUGUUCCAGUCCAACUAUAGGGAUUUCAUUGGGAUCAAGUUGAUCUAUGCACCUUCUCGUGACUUUAAUGACAGUCGAAUGAAUAGCUAUAUGGCCAAUGCAAUUCUCCUAAAGACGCAUUUUCCCCAACUCCUUGCUGGCUUCGAUUUGGAGACCCAUGGCAAUGAGUGUGAUCUGCUCUUGAGUCACAUCUCACAGCUCUCACAGUUGGGCAAGAAUGUGGACUUUUAUUUCCAUGCGGGGGAUUCACGGUGUCCGGAAAAUACUCGACCGGAUGUGAAUCUCAUCGAUGCCAUGCUGCUGGGCAGCAAGAGGAUUGGAAACUCACUGAACCUACCUCUACAUUCGGAGGUCAUGCAGGCCCUGCAGUUCCUGAAUGUGGCCGUUGAGGUCUGUCCCCUUUCCAAUCACUAUUUGGAGUAUGUCAACGACUUCCGGAAUCAUCCGGCGGUGUAUCUCAUUGCCGCUGGCUUUCCCAUUGUGAUCGGUUCGGAUUAUCCGUAUUUGUGGAACGCUGCCCCUCUGACCGAUGACUUCUAUGUGACCUUUGUGGGCAUGGUCGGUGGUGAUGGAAAUCUACGCCUGCUCAAGCAGCUGGCCAAGAACUCACUCUUAUAUAGUUCUCUCAACGGCAUUGAGAAGGCAAGGGCCAUGGCCAAGUGGCGUUGCAAUUGGAAUCGCUGGAUCAAGAAUUUUUUGAACCGUACUGAAUAUCUAGAAUGAGAGUCUGGAGGAGAGUGCUGAAUACAACUUGUGUGGAGUGUAGGAAAAAUUUUGGUAUCAAAAAAGAUUAAACUCGGGGCGGAAAUAAAGAUAUGUCUUGGGUAGAAUCAGGAACAGGAA